UGCGCAGUGUGCUGGUCUCCAUGGCGGGGCCUCGGAGCCAAGACGAGGUUGAGUAGACUCGUUUUGAUUUUCUCCCCUCUGCUCCGGCACUCUGUGGACUUCCCUCCUCGCCCUGUAGGGCUCUCGGAGGCGGCGGGACCGGGGGAGUUGGAGGUUUGGCAGAGCUGUCUGCGCCGACCGACCUGACGCUACCUCCCACCCCCCUUUCUUCCUCCUGCCUCCUCUUGUCACCUCCCGACCUGCCGGGUCCCCGAGCGACAGCCAGCCCCCGGCCCCCGCCGCAACCCGGCUGUGGUGGCGCCUCGCGCGCCUCUCCUCGGGACUUUUUCGGGGCCCCACAUGACGAGGCCUACUGACCCCCUCCCGGGACGGGGCUCGCGGGCCCCGGGGAGGCGGGCUGGGAGAGGUGGAGGUUAGGUUUCUUGAGGAGGGUUGCUGAGCCCGAGGACGCGACACCGCUGCGGGGAAGGACCCGGACCCCCUGGCGGGAGCGCCCAGUGCCCUUCGCGCAGCGCAGCGCUCCGCUUUUGAGGGUUCUUUUUUUUUUCUCUCUUUAUGCGCCCUUUCGUAUUUUAUGUUUUAUCAGAGGAAAGGCGUCCCCCCCACACCUCCUACAUUUUUUGACUUUUUGUCUUUAAGUUACCCAUAGGCAUGUGUCUUAGUGUCAGUGGUCCCGAGAAUUAUUCUAAUUGAUUUUAGUGUUUCUCUGAGGGAGGAUGGAUGGAGAGAUACUAUCCAGAUCUCAAAGUCACUUUUCAAGGCGUUCGCCAGAAAACUCCAAGAGGGGUCUUCAAGAGACAGCAGUUUAGAAUCAGGCAGAACUGGACUGCAAAAUUUGUGGGCAGAGCGGUAUGUGUACAGAAAAAAUGCUGCCAUGAAGACAUAUAAUUAUAACUUUCACAUAAAUGAAGCCACAACUAUCAUGAUUUAGUGCUCCCAAAAGGAAGAACUUCACUGGACAAAAGGGCAUUUCUGGGAUAGUAGAAUGCUUGAGUCCUGAAUUUAAACUUGAGCUACUUCCUGAGCUAUUAAAUAAUAGAGGAAAAUGGAAUUAAAUAUGAUGUCAGCAUGGAACAGUCUACUGAUUCAUUAAAAGUCAACCAUAAUGAUUCUGAAGAGUCACAAAUAGAUUCUCAGGUAUUUAAGCAUCUAACCUUUAUGGACUCCAGGGAUUCUUCCUUUGGACAAAAUGGUUCUCCUAAAGUUUUACCCAUUACUACUCCUGAAGCAGAUAAUCCACUCACCUCACAGAAUCUACCAGAGUCCCUAAGUCAGAAACAGACUAUUUCUGCAGACCAAUUCCAUCUAGUGGACCAAGAUGGGCAACCUAUUCAAUAUGAAUUUCAGUCACUGGGGGAUUCUGAUGCACAAAUGAUGAUUGUUGCCAGCCCAUCAGAAAAUGGACAGGUGCUGCAUGUAAUUCCAUCUACCCAGACAGGAAUUGCACAAGUGAUUAUACCUCAGGGACAGCUUGUGAAUGUGAAUAGUCCUCAGGAUGUCUCUGAAGAGAAAGCCAGUGACAGAAACUUGCCUACGGUAAGAGUGGAUGAUCUAGCCAACAAUACCAGUAAAUACAUUCCUCAUCCACAAGCAUCCCUCACAUUGCCCAAAAAGACAGUGACCAGAAUGCUUGAAGAACCCUUCCUAGCUCCUCUCCAACCACUUUCUUCUAACACACCUAUAUGGGCCUGCCGUCUAAGGAGCUGUGAGAAAAUUGGAGAUUCAUACCGUGGCUACUGUGUAAGUGAGACUGAAUUAGAAAGUAUCUUAACAUUUCACAAGCAGCAGACACAGAGUGUUUGGGGAACCCGCCAAUCUCCAAGCCCAGCCAAGCCAGCUACACGUUUGAUGUGGAAAUCCCAGUAUGUCCCAUAUGAUGGAAUCCCAUUUGUCAAUGCAGGGAGUAGAGCUGUAGUAAUGGAGUGUCAGUAUGGGCCAAGGAGAAAAGGUUUCCAGUUAAAAAAAAUCGGUGAGCAGGAAAGCAGGUCUUGUCAACUCUACAAAGCCACUUGCCCAGCCCGGAUUUACAUUAAAAAGGUACAGAAGUUUCCUGAAUAUAGAGUUCCUACAGACCCCAAAAUUGACAAGAAAAUAAUCCGAAUGGAGCAGGAGAAAGCCUUUAACAUGCUAAAGAAGAACUUGGUAGAUGCAGGUGGUGUUCUUAGGUGGUAUGUACAGUUACCUACACAGCAAGCUCAUCAGUAUCAUGAAUUAGAGAUGCCCUGCCUCCCUUUGUCACCUUCCAUUUUUCCCAUGUCUUCUCCUGAAGAAGAGGAAACUGCAGUUAGAGAUGAGAAUUGUGCAUUACCCUCACGACUACAUCCUCAAGUAGCACAUAAAAUUCAGGAAUUAGUAUCGCAGGGGAUAGAACAAGUAUACGCAGUAAGGAAACAGCUAAGAAAAUUUGUGGAACGGGAAUUGUUUAAACCUGAUGAGGUACCUGAAAGACAUAAUUUAUCAUUUUUUCCAACUGUAAAUGAUAUAAAAAAUCACAUCCAUGAGGUACAAAAGUCCUUAAGAAAUGGAGAUAAUAUAUAUAACUCAGAGAUUAUUCCAGCAACGCUUCAAUGGACUACAGAUAGUGGGAAUAUUCUCAGAGAGACUGUGACGGUUACAUUUGCAGAAGGAAAUUCACUGGGAGAAUCAAUUAACACCAAAGUGGAAACAAAUCAGACAAGGGGUUCUUUAUCUCCAGAACCAGCACACUCACUCUCCUCACUUUCUUCAUUUCAGCCGAAAAUAUUUACACAACUACAGGGUUUGCAGUUGCAGCCAAGAUUCACUUCUCCUGAUGGAUCACAGGCUCUGCUAUCAGUAAAUAGCCACCCUUCCUCCAGUCCUUCAAGAUUUCUGGAUUCAAUAGGAAGUGCUGUAAUGAAUAAUAAUUCUCUAUUGCUUGGUCAAAGUCAUAGCCUUCAAACAGAUACAUGCCUAACCCAAAACAACAGUAUUGCCUCUACCAUGGAUAGCCUUCCAGGACCAGAUCAAAAUUUGGUUGCAAUGGAUCAGCUGGUGGAGGUUGGUGAUGUUGAGGAUACAGAGAAUCUGGAAGGAAGUGUUCAUCGGAUUCUGUUGGGAAAUAUACAGACCAUUCCAAUACAGAUUAUAGAUAGCCACCCAGCUCUUAUUGGAGAAAACCCAGAAGGUACCAUUUCUAUGAACCAAGUUAAGCAAGAACCCAAAGAACCAGUGUUGUCUGUGGAAGCAAAAAAAAAUUUGGACUGUAAGAAAUUAUCUGCUACAUAACUUAUUGAAGCUUUUCAGAAUUUACAACUCUGCUGACUUCUGAUGUCAUAGAAAAGAAGGUGAAUAUUGUCAAAGCGAAGCAUUAUAAGUGGACUAAAGACUUGUUCUAUGAACAGCUUUGAUUUAAAACUGACAUGUUUGUUGCCAAUUGCAUACUUUUACCAUAAAAGACAUUUACUUCUCUUAUUUUGUAUAAUUUUUACGCUUUCUCAUUUUUUGAUAUGGCCAGUAUUUUAAAAGAACAUCUGAAUUUUUCCACGGUGAUACAGUCUGAACACAAAUGGUUAUUUAACUUACCCCCUGGAAAUAUCCAAUUUUGGUUCUUAAAAGAUGAAAAAAAGUAGCAACAGCAAAAACAGUUGUGAGUGUGUGUUUGUGUGUGUGUGUGUGUGUGUGUUUAUGUCAUGACUUAUUUUUUAAGUUCUAAAAAAACUUAUUCCUCUUCAAAGUUGUGAAGACAUUUUUUAAAUGGGUAGACGGGUGAGAGAGUAUUUGUGGUCUGUAUUCUUUGGAAAGAUAAAACAAUAGACUUUAUGUCAUAACAUGAAGCCCAGCAUUGACAUUUGUGGAAACUGUAUAGUUGCAUUUUUGCUUCUUCCACUCUUAAUUUUUAUGUUCAUAAUGACAAACCAGUAGCAUACUAAUUGUCAUCUAGUAGAAAUUUAAAGUGUCUUGGUAAGUACUGCGAAUUUUAACUUGAAUUAAUCAGAUAAGCAACAGAAAUAAAUAUUGCAUGGAUUUAUACAGUAUUAUAGAUAAAAAACUACCUAAUGGAUAGAAAAUGUAGAAAUUGAGAGAAUUCAGAAAGAACAAUAGAAUGGUAUUUACAGAUAAUUUGGGGAAGCUUUUUGAUAUCAGCAGAGAAUUCUCUUUCCUAUUUUGAAUUGAAAAUUUAACUCUGGUUAGAAAAGAAUUUGAAUUGUAUUUACUUUUCUGUGCCAGAGUUCUUACUCAAUUGAUGGUAUUAGAAUUUAUAGUACUUCAGGGCAAGUAUUUAUAGUUUAAGAUUUAGUUCAUAUUUAAAAUUUUAAAACAAUAUGUUAUAUUUGCUUUGUGAGUAAGUAUAUUUACUUUCAAUACCGAGUAAGUACUAAUCAGCAUAUUCAGCAUAAGCUUCUGCUUUCUGGAAGGUUGGUAAACUAGAAAUGUCAGUUUUAACUGCCAUGAAAUCAACCUAAAGGCUUUUAUUUUUUUUCUCUUGAAACCAUUUGUGGGAAUAUUUAAUUUUUAUUUAAAAGUAAUAAGGAUUUUAAAUAGAUAUUAAAUAUUUAAUAUUCAAAGCAUGCAGAAUAUAAUGUGAAAUUUAUCCUUAAUGCUCUGUGAAAAUGAGUUUUUUGGGGGUUUUCUAAGUUUAAUUUCCCAUUCUUAAUUCAUUUGAAUUGUUUCAGGUAUCUAGGUAUAAAGCACUGUUAUAUAAGAAGUAGGUGGAAUUCUAAAAUUCCUAGCUCUUUAGAUUUAUGCUUUAUUUAAUGUAAAUUUAUUAUUUAUACCCCUAUUUAAUGCUAAGUUAAUAUUCAGUUACAUAUAUGAGUUUUAAUUAAAAUGGCUUUUCCUUUUCCUAAGCAAUGAAAAUAUUUGAUGUCAGCAUUUAUAGAGGCAGGCUGCCAAAUCUCUUAAGUUAAAAGCACAACUCUUAGUUACCUCAAACCCAGAUUUCUCUUAGUCUGUGUGCACUUAAAGGGAAUAAGUCCAAAUUACUUAAUAGUUUGGUGUUGUGUUUUAAGUAAUAUUUUUUUCACUUGUUAUUACUAGUUUUUAUGGAAACUUUUUCAAUAUUUUAAAUAAUAGAGUUUUACCUUCCAUUAAUGACAAUAGUUUAUUAAUUAUUUCACCAGUUAACCUAUAUUCCUUUGGACACAUUCUGUUCUCUUUUGAUGUUGAGUUGUUAAGGAGAAAUGCUUGCUCAGAUAGAAACUCUAUAGUCAGUUACCUGUGAGGAUGAGAGAUAUCAGAGGAUUCAGACUUUACCACUUAGGCAAGAAUAAAACAUAGCUCCCUGUCUCCCACUCCUGUUGCACCAUUUCCAAACAACUAUUGAUCUGCUUUCUGUUGCUAGCUUUCACUUCAUUCUAUGUGUUUCUUCUGAUACUGGUUUCUUUUUUUUUUUUAAUCAUGAGAACAGAAAGUUAUAGUGCAUCCUCCCACAAACAAAAAACAAAAGAAAAAGCAUGAAGGAAGGUUUAAAUCCCUAAUUGUAUACUCUUUUGGUUUUUAGGUAGGAACUGGAACUAUCAAUAUUUUCAUGUAAGUAUUUUAUGGAGUAGCCCUUUAAAAAUGGUUUCUAAAUUAAUUUUUAAAAAUUCAUUUGUCCUCUAAAUGCAUGUUUAGUCACGGUAUAUCAGUAUUGUAUUUAAAGAUGCUUAGCAUCAUUUUUUUAAAGUAUGUUUACAUUUUUAAAAUGUUCAAUUAUUUUUUAAAUGCACAGGAUAUUAAGUACAAGUGCAUAACAUUUUCAGUAUCUGUAUUUGGCAUUCUCCUAACAGCUCUACAGCAAAGUUUGACAUAGGCUCUUUUUGUGUUAUGUAUUACAAGGUGUAAUAUCUGUAGUAGUAAGUUGAACAUUCAAAAUAAGCAGUUAGAAAGUCAUAAUUACAGCUGAACUCGUUUCUUCAUUGUAGUGUUCAUUUUCCAAACCUCCAAAUAAACUUUAUACCGCAGUGAAGUAUACAUGUACACAGCCAUGGUGGGCCUUUCCCUCAAUAUUAAUUUCUGUGUAAGCAGUUAGCAUAGUUAAAAGAAAGAGCUUGUCUUAUACAAGGUAAAUGUUUCCUAAAAGUCACAAAAGUGAUAGAAAACAGAUUUGGAGAUCUGGUCCAUUAGAGUUUCUGAUUUUGAGGCCCACCAGCUUGUGUUUCAUCUUUUUUAUUCUGUCAAAAUACAUACUGAAUCAUGUGAGCAUUAAAAAGAUGUCAUUUAAUUUGUACCAGGUUUUAAGAAAAAGUUUUAAAAUAUGUGUAUAUAUAUUGGAACUUAAUGUAUAUUGUCUUUGUUAUAAUGUAGUUUUUUUUCAUUAAAAAUUGUAUUUUUU